AUGAACUUAGACUUCCGCAUGAAAGCUGCGAACAGCUGUGAGUUGUCUGAAGGAGGCAGCGACACAGUUAGCGACGAGAAUCUUGAUAGCGUCGCAUAUAAGACAAAGACUGAAAUGAAGAUUAAGCCGGAUUCCCAAAAGCCAAAACUGUCAGUGUUCAAAACGUUACGAGAGGCACAAUCAAAGGGUGACAAAAAUGAUACUGCCAGCUCAAGUGAAAUAUCACUACCAGAUGAAGAGGAUAAUGCUAGUAAAGUGGUGCAGAUACCUAGAUAA